AUGUCUGCGUCAGGCCAGAUCGACGUGGGCGAUCUUACACCACAACAAGUGAGUUGGUCGAGUCCUUCUAUCUCUUGCCACACGUCAACCUCGUGCUUGUCCGGGAAGACCGGCGCGAUUCGCCCCCUCAGAUACGGUACAAAAAGCUAAACGCCACUCUUUCAUCAUCUUUCAGCUCCUAGAUGUGCGGCAACAGCUCACAUCAGAACUUCAGCAUCUGACAGCAUCCUACGGCCAACUCAAGGCCGCUCAGCUCAAGUUCAAGUCAUGUCUGGAUAGUCUGGAAGAGAUGGGUUCCAAGGCGGAAGGUAAGGAGAGCUUGAUCCCUCUUAGCGCUAGUCUUUACGUCCCUGGCAAAUUGAGGAAUACACAAAAGGUCAUUGUGGAUGUAGGCACUGGUUACUACAUCGAAAAGGUGCGUAGAUUGGUUUUGUCAUGCAGCAAGGAGAGGCAGCGCUAGGAUGAGGUCAUGACGUGUGCAGACCGCAUACAAGAUUGACACCUGAUCCCCCUCCCCCUGGCAGGACAUCCCCAGUGCUCAGAAGAUGUACAAGGAAAAGAUAUCGUUCGUUCAAAAGUCACUGGACGAGCUGCAAGCUACCAUUGUUCGCAAAGAGGACAACAUGAGGGUGGUCAGGGACGUCUUGACAGUCGUGAGUCUGCUCUUACUUGCCUUCUUCGAGGCACUGUCGCGUGACACUUUGUGAAGCUAGGCUCAGGCUGACGAGGUGUUUUGCCGGCUGUCCCUCCGAACAGAAAGCAGCUCAGGCGAAGCAGCAGCAGGAGUUGCAGCAAAGGGAACAGACAGGUGCUCGCUCUGAGACGUCAUGA